AUGAUAAUAAUAUAUUCUAUAACAUAUUUUAUUAUAUUUAUGUGUGCUUUGGUUGGAAAUACGAUGGUUGUUCUGAUAGUUAUAAAAACUCCUAAUAUGAGAACAGUGACCAAUUAUUUUAUAGCUAAUUUAGCUAUUGGUGAUAUUUUGGUGGCUAUAUUUUGUAUACCUAUUACUUUACUGAGUAAUAUAUUCAGUGGUUGGCCUUUUGGUGCUUUCAUGUGUCGUGCAACCCCAUAUCUUCAAGGAGUAUCAGUUUGUGCCUCAGUAAAUACAUUAGCAGCUAUUGCUAUAGAUAGAUAUCUUGCCAUUUGUCACUCACCAAGAUGGCGGACGACAACACGAACUGCUCGAGUUACAGUUGUUACCAUCUGGUUGUUUUCCUGUCUUCUACUCUUACCCUGGGCUAUAUUUUAUGAGGAAUAUGAACACAGGACAAGUCGACAAGUGCUUAAAAUGUGUCACCAACUUUGGCCUGAUUUUGAGGCACAAAGGGCCUAUUUCAUGGGCGCCAUUUUCAUUGGUUGUUACGUACUUCCACUGACUGUUGUGCUGCUGUGCUAUAUUUUUAUAGGAUUAAGGGUAUGGAAUCGGCAUGCCCCUGGUGUGGCAAAAGACAAUGUAACUAUACGUAGAUCUAAAAUCAAAGUUGUGAAAAUGCUGGCUGUGAUGGUUUUAUUGUUUACCUUUUCGUGGAUGCCUCUUCAUGUUAUUUUUAUAAAACUAUAUUAUGAUCCGCCUAUAGAUCAAGCCUCACAACAUUUUAUCUGGAACGUGGCUAUUCCUAUAUCACAAUGGCUUGAACUUUCGAACAGUGGAAUCAACCCUAUAAUUUAUUGUUUCUUCAGUAAAAAUUUUCGACGUGGUUUUAAAAAUGUGUUGACUUGUUUCACGUCUUCCACUAAACGUCAGCGUUCUCGUGGAUUCUCAAGUGGUGUGACCAAGUACAUGACAAUAGAAUAUACCAAUGGUAACGUUACAAUAUCAUUUCGUAAAGAACAAAAAGAGGAUAGUUCUUCAACAGUCUGA